CGAUUUAAUUGUCGAUAUUAAUAUCGUUGGUAAUAUAAUAAUUUUCUGUUUUGCUAAAGAUAAGUUUUGCUCUGUUAUUCAAAAGAAAUUAUUGUAAUUGAUUAUACAUUAAUAUGAGUGAUCCGCUGCAAAAAUCUGGGAGAAUGACUGUUGUCUCGCAAGAGCUAUCAGAUCUUAAGUUUGUAAAACUUCACAGCCCCAAGAUGAAGAGUGUCUAUUGGCAGCAUUUUGGAUUUCCUACUAAUGAACAUGAUCGCAUCAUCACAAAACAAAACGUUGUUUGCACAUUAUGCCACAAAGUUUUAACGAACCAUGGCAAUACAACGAAUUUGCGCGCACAUUUACAACACCGUCAUAAGGAUAUUUUUCAAAAAAUUUGUAUUGAAAAUGGUAUACGAAUUCCACCACGUCGUCCACUCACAAAAGCUGGCAACGGUGGUACAGGUCCCGGUCGAAUGGCCGUAAAACGUGAUCCUCUUCGACAGAAAGUUAAAAUGGAAUGUAGGGACACCAUUCAGGACACUUCAAACACAGGAAGCUUACAAGGAGAAGAACCAUCAAUGCUCUAUGAGACAAUGGUCCCUAUGACAUACGAAGACGAUGACGUUAUUGAUAACGAUCAUUUUGUCAAAGUUGAAGUUUCAGGUUCAGGUAAUGGGUUAAAACCAAAGAGUAACAUAACUGAACAUAAUACCAUGGAAGUAAUAACUAUGAAUGCAAAGUAUACUUCCGGGCCUAACUAUCGGUCGGAAAUGGGAGAGAUGGUUAAUCAAUAUCAAUUACAAGAUGCAUUGGUAAAUAUGGUCAUUAACGAUGUUCGCAAUGUGGAUACAUUAUAUGACCAGGGUAUGUCUAUAUUUAUACGCACACUCUGCGGCAACGUGGAAUUACCAUCUGAUAAAAAGAUUGAAGAGCUUAUUCGAGAAUUGCAUAGCGACAAACUAACAACACUUUCAAAUCAAAUUAAAAUGCACUCACAAAUUAAGCCAUAUUCAUUGGGCUUUGAAAUUUGGAAAAAUGUUGAAAACAAACACUUCAUGUCCAUAUAUUUCAACUAUACCACAGAUGCACCAGAAUACAAUCUAUUAAACCAAUUAUAUUGUACAGUGGAAUAUAACAAGUUCACGUCUAUAGAUGAAAUAUUUGAAGAAUUCAAUUUGGAAAAUUGUGCAGCAGCUAUUGUGAGCUAUGAAUAUGAUGACUAUCUUAAACACUUUUUGAAAAGCAAAAAUAUUCCCAUUAUAUUAUCCUACGAUGUAACUGUGGACAAGUGUUUAAAAUUGGUAUUUUCUUUGCCCGAUGUUAUUUCAAUAAUUGAUCAAGUUAAAGAAAUGAUAAUGCGCUAUGGAUCAGAGAUUAGCUCAAAGGAUGUAGACAUUCCUACAAUAAAUGAUGAAUUCCCUUGGACAUUUUAUGAACUUUUGAAGUUUUUUUCUGAGACUGUAUCAUGGCCUGAAGACGUAGACAUAUUGGUUGCAUCGUCAAAAGUCAUUGUGGAUACGUUAAAUAUAUUGGCCAUAACUUUGGAUACACUAAAAGGUGAGGAAAUUCCUCACAGUAGUAUGUUGUCACCCAUCACAUCAAAAAUAGUAAAUAAGAAAUUGGCUUUGGGCGAUACUGAUGACGAAUUGGUGGCAAACAUAAAAACAACAAUUAGUAGUGAGCUUCAAAAUGUAGUAAUUGCUGAUCACCAUUUGACUAUUGCGGCUUUGCUUGAUCCACGUUUUCAUCGAUUAACGACUGUUAAAAAUCUAGGGAAAUGUAUUCAGAUCUUAACCAGUAAAUACAAUCAAAUGCAUCAACAAGAUGUUGGCACCAUAGCAAUGACUAAAGAUACAAUAGAACAUAAACCAGCAACUUCUACUUCUAGAAAAUCAAAUUUGGAGAUAUUUUUCGAUAUUCAAGACGAACCUGCUCCGAUAUCUGUGCCGCAAGAAGAUUGCAACAUAGAAAACGAUCUGAAGCGUUACAGAACAGAAGUUUACGUAAAUUUAGAUGAAUCGCCGUUUUCAUGGUGGAAUAAAUUAGGACAUGUGUAUGGAAGCUUAAAACGUUUGGCACCCAUAUACCAGUGCAUGCCGUGUGUUGUGAACAUGAAUUUUAAGAAGCCUGUAAAACAGCAAAUUUAUGAACAGCAUAAAAGGUUUAUGCUUACUGGCACUUUAAUCGAUGCCAUACUUUUCCUUCAUAAUAAUAACGACAACAAAUUUGAUUAGAUUCAACAAGCAAGGAAUAAUUGUUAACUAUCUCUUAUUACAUAUAAUCCACAAUAAAAAAAUGCAGUUCAUAAGUUUGUAAAUGGGCAAUUUGUCCUAAAUAUAAGUAGAGUAGAGUAUAUAGGUAUGUAAAUGUACUAUAUACUUAUAUGUUCAAAAAAUAAAAAAAAUUUACAAAAUGAAUAUAUAAAGUCUAA